CCACCAUCAUAAGGAUGAGGGACCCAACAUGUUCAAGCCUAUUUCCUGUGUUCAGACGAACGUGCAGGUCGGAUAUCGGCGGUUCCCCGACCCUCACUUUCAACCGUUGAUCAAAGCCUGGAGAUGUGAGCUUACGGCUUUAUCUCAUGUCUUCAACCUCUAUUUUGUCGCCUGCAUCGACACUAUCCAAGUUUAUCAGCCAAGUUUUCCCAAUCAGAGCAUCUCGGCAGAGGCUGAUUUAGUUCUGCACCCGCCCGUUUCUUCUCCUGAUCUCGAAUCCGGCAUCGACCCGGCUGAUCCCCAUUCCAUCACACGACUUCAUGUUGAUUUUCUAGGCCGAGAGGAGAUCCUUUUAGCAACGUGUGACGAUGGCGAUGUUAUCGGAUAUCGCGUACCCGAAAUCCAUCGCGCGAUCGGAUGUCGACGGCACUCUUCGGACGGCGAAGACGAACCGGCUGAUGAAGGCCGAGUUCGAGUGUUUCUGCAUCGUAACGUUGGCGGCAGCGCAUGGGGAUUAGCCAUUCAUCGAGAGGCGCGUCUGAUAGCGAUCAGCGCAAACACACAUUCAGUGACAGUGCUCGCAUAUGCACUGGCAAGCACAUCAGCAUCCGACUCUGACGACUCUCUCAAUACGGAGAGCGCUUUCACAUCCAGCGAGGAAGAAGGGGACUUUCCGCAUCCUCGAAGGCGCGAUCAUGUCAUCACCCUUACCGCUCAAACCAACAUUCCUGCAGUGUCUUUCGAUAACAGCGGCUUGGACCCAUCCGGAAGAUGGCUCUAUAGCAGUUCGAUAGACGGUGCGAAUCACCUUUGGGACCUCCACCAGCCAGAUGUGCCUGCGAGGAUACUUGAAUUAGGCCAUUGCGUAAGCGUCAAGGAUCCAACCACAGUCCCCACACCAUGCAGAUGUCGGAACAGAGAAUCAGUACCCCACGCCGCUUGGGCCGCUCUGUUCAUAGACCCGCGGUCUUGCCACCAGUGCACUUCGUUCAAGGAGGCAUUAGGACCAGGUUUCGGGCCUGAUGGGCCGACCCAAAUUGCUCCUUGCUUUUGGGACAACACUGAACUCAAACCCCGGUUUACGACGAGGCAGAGCGGCCCUUUUCCUGGUUUUCUGGGUCAAAACGAUGACUCAUCUAGCGAUGGCUCAGACGACAUGCCUCUAUCCGAUACAGAAGAGGAGGAGGAGGAGGAGGAGGAAGAGGAUCAGGCACAUGCGACCGCUCAACUGACGGGUCAACUGUUACAUCAACCGUCGCCCGAGAGCGCUUCAGGAACGCACGAGGCGGAAGACGUCCCUGGUUCAAACAACGAACAUGCGCAGGGUGGCGAGGGCGAGACACACCCUCCACCCGAUGAGCCCCUUUUUGUACCUGAAGUUCCCGCUCCUCCCCAUGUAGUCUUAGCUACGUGGCUCAAUGACGACAACGAAGGCGAAGACGGAGACGACGAAUCUGAUGAUAUGUCCCAACUUUCCGACGCACCCGAUGAUCUACUACAACUUAUCGAAGCCGAAACUGCGGCAGGACUGCCGCCCCUUCCUAGACCAACGCCAACCGCACCUAUCAAAUUACCAUAUUGCGAACUGUCCACAUCUGAGAGCUUUAGGGACCAGCCUCAGCCACCCAAGCCCUGCGUAAUUGUUACCAAGGAAGAAAUCUACCUCUUCCAGCGACCCUUCGACUCCGCCGGCGAUCUCUCAGAUCCAAUCAUGACAAUGCGGAACCCUCUAUACCCGCCAGAGGAGCUAGAGCGCGGAGCGCCCCCAGCAGCCUCUUACCAUCGCUACUGCUAUGUGACGCAAGUCCCAGAGCUCGGUAUUCUGAUCCUUGCUACUCCCGCCGGUCGCGCCGGAAUCUUCAGCUUGACAAAAGCGACGGAAGGCCUUCAGCGGCCACUAUACGGCUUCCGAUUGGAUCAUAUACUGCCCUUUGUGCGCCGCGAUGGGAAGAACGUCAUCGAGGAUUCAUGGGGAAGGAGGCUGGUCGGUGUAGCGGUUGGGCCUGUGCAAGGUAUGCUCGACCCGUCAGAUAGCGACGGGGAUGGGAGCGGGACAGAAGGGAGGAAUAGGGGCGCGAGGAGAUGGCGGCUGAUGCUGAUGUAUCAUGAUCACACUGUGUAUAGUUAUGAGCUUGGGAAGUACAGGGAGGAUGGGUCGGCCGAUCUGGGCGAUCUGGUGGUGUAGGCGUUGAUAAGGCUACGGCGGAUGGUCAGAGUAUCUCAAUCACAGUAUAUGGGUACGAUCAUUUGGAUCUUGGGGACUAAACUAGCGUUCACAAUCUGGUCCUACUUCGAGGAUG